AUGGUCGAAGACAAGAAAUCCGACGACUAUACCGUCGACAUGAAUAAGGUCGACCAAGGCCAUAAAGAGUUCGAGGCCGCGCCGGCGCCGUCUCCUGUUCCCCGCGCCGUUUCCUCCAUGUCCAACAACCCCGCCCUUCCGGUUCUGGCAUACUGCGGUUCGUCGAUCAUGAUGACCGUGAUGAACAAGUAUGUUCUGUCGGGCUUGGACUUCAACUUGAACUUCCUCUUGCUCUGUGUUCAGUCUUUGGUCUGCAUUGCCGCAAUUCAAACUUGCAAGUCCAUGGGGCUUAUCACAUAUCGCGAUUUUAACACCGAUGAGGCCAGAAAAUGGUUCCCCAUUACGCUCCUCCUGAUCGGCAUGAUCUACACUGGCUCCAAGGCCCUUCAGUUCCUCUCGAUCCCCGUUUACACUAUCUUCAAGAACUUGACCAUUAUCCUCAUUGCCUACGGAGAGGUUCUCUGGUUUGGUGGCUCGGUCACCAACCUCACGCUGUUCUCCUUCGGUCUGAUGGUGUUCAGCUCGCUCAUUGCCGCCUGGGCUGAUAUCAAGCAUGCCGUCGAGAGCUCCGGUGAUACCUCCAGCAAGGUCUCCACCUUGAAUGCUGGAUAUGUUUGGAUGCUUAUCAACUGCCUGUGCACUUCGUCCUACGUCCUGGGCAUGCGCAAGCGCAUCAAGUUGACCAACUUCAAGGAUUUUGACACCAUGUUCUACAACAACCUCCUGUCAAUUCCCGUUCUGCUGGUUCUCACCCUGCUGGUUGAGGACUGGUCGUCCGCUAACCUUGCCCGGAACUUCCCCGAGGCCAACCGUGAUGGCAUCUUCUUCGCCAUGGUUCUGUCCGGUGCCUCCUCCGUCUUCAUUUCCUACACAUCCGCGUGGUGUGUCCGCACCACCUCCUCCACCACCUAUUCCAUGGUUGGAGCGCUUAACAAGCUGCCCAUCGCCCUGUCCGGCCUUAUCUUCUUCGACGCACCAGUCACCUUCCCCAGUGUGUCCGCAAUUGCUAUCGGCUUUGUCAGUGGUAUUGUCUACGCUGUCGCCAAGAUCAAGCAGAACUCCAAGCCCAAGACCGGUGUUCUGCCCACGCCCGUCAGUGCCAGCAGCCAGAGCAUGCGAGAUUCGCUUCGCUCUUAG